AUGGAUAUCAAAAAUGCUUUUCUCCGUGGUCAUCUUAAAGAAGAUAUUUAUAUGAAACCUCCACCUGGUUUGUUCUCAUCGCCUACAUCAGAUGUAUGCAAGUCGAAGCGGUCUUUGUAUGGAUUAAAACAAGCUCCAAGAGCUUGGUUUGAUAAGUUCCGGUCUACUUUGCUACAAUUUUCUUUUGAGCAGAGAAAAUAUGACUCAUAUUUGUUUCUUCGGAAAACAUCUACAGGUUGUGUUCUUCUUUUGGUGUAUGUAGAUGACAUUAUUAUCAUAGGAGUUGAUUCUUCACUAAUCACUAGCCUCCAACAGCAACUUAAAGAUUCUUUUCAUAUGAAAGAUCUUGGUACUCUUACUUGUUUUUUGGGUUUGGAAGUUCAUAAUGUUGCUUCAGUUUCCUCCUCCGUAGAUACUCCACCGAAAUUGAAUGUCAAGUAUCGUCGUGAGGAAGGCGAUUUUCUUCCUGAUCCAACUAUGUUUCGACAAUUAGUUAGGAGUCUAAAUUACCUUACUAUUACUUGGCCUGAUAUCUCUUUUGCAGUUCAACAAGUUAGUCAAUUUAUGCAAGCUCCCCAUAAUCUCCCCUUGGUGGCUAUUCGUCGUAUCAUUCGGUACCUUCUAGGAACAUUUACUCGUGGAUUGUUCUUUCCAAGUGGUUCUUCUAUUCGUCUUAAUGCUUUUAGUGAUUCUGAUUGUGCGGGAUGUCCUAAUACUCGUCGUUCAGUCUCUGGUUGGUGCAUGCUUCUUGGAGAGUCAUUGAUAUCUUGGAAGAGUAAAAAUCAAGAUCGUGUGUCAAAAUCUUCAACAGAGGCUGAAUAUUGA